GGCCAAUUAACUGACUCGACUCCACUUUUUGUAAAAUUUUCAAAUGGAAAUAGAAAUGACUGUUGAUUUAUAUUUUCAACAAUUACCAUGUGAUUCAGACAAUUUCUAUACUCACCACCGAGCGAAAAGUUCGAAAACUCGUGAAUCUGAUCGUGGAUACCUCGAGCUCGAGAACACUCGAGAAUCUCGAGAUCAGCUGGUCCAGCGACAACGCCAAGAUCGGCAAAAUUCGCAAAAAUCGCAAAAUCACGAGCACGAAAUAACAAAGUGAUAACAGAUGAAAGAUGAUCGUCACCGUCUCAUAGGGCCAUGAAAACGCGCAAGCGCAAUACAAAGAUCGGACUUGUGAACGCGGAAUACUAAUGUUGUUUUCAUCAUCAUAGACGCUGUAUGUCUAUGACCGGGAUAAUCGGCGGGAAGGCGGGGGGAAGGGGGUUGUUGCGUGCGCGGGGAGGAGUUGCGUCGUCGCGUGUCGCGUGCGGGAGGAGUGAAGGAAUUCGGCGUAUUCCCACGAAUCCCACGAGAUCGGAGUAAUUCAGUCGAGGAGGUAACCGCGCCAACCGUGGAAUAUCUUGGCGAUUGUUUUCGCACGACGCGGAUCCGCCUCGCGCGGAUAUAACAUCGUAAUGGCGACGCCGACCAACAGCAGCGGUAACCUCGUCGACGAGUUCGAGGAAUCGUUUCAGCAAUGUUUGAGUAUUUUGACUAAGGACGAGGGAUUGGGCAACAGCGGUACUGGUGCGUCUGGUGGUAUGACAGUGGAUAAAGACGAAGGUCGCGCGGAAAUGGAACAAGCCACCAUGAGGUUUAUAGACCUGGCCAGGCAGAUGGAGGCUUUCUUCCUGCAAAAGAGAUUUCUUCUGUCUGCGCUGAAGCCCGAGCUGUUGGUCAAGGAAGAAAUCAACGAGCUGAAAUUGGAGUUGGGGCGGAAGGAGGACCUGAUAAAAAGACAUAACGACAAGAUCGCCGUCUGGCAGAAUAUGUUGUCGGAUUUGCAGGGAUGGGCGCAGUCCCCUGCUCAAGGGCCAGCACCCAGUGGCUUACCCAAUGGAAAUCAAAGCGGGCAGAAUCAGCAGGCGCAGAGUGGCAGCGGUAAUGCCUCGAUGCAGCAACAACAGCAAAUACUGCAGCAUCAGCAGCAAUUGCAACAGCAAUUGCAGCAGCAGCAGCAGCAGCAGCAAC